CGGUCUCCGCGCACGUACGCCCUCCCUCGCCUCCGUCUCGCACGCCGCGACCGCGGACGACCCAGCAGAACCGAAACGACUUGGCCUCCCGCUUGUCUCGCACGGUCGCACCAAUUUCCCUCGCUCCAAGCAAAGGCGCAGCCAUGGCCAUGGCGGCGCUGCGCGGGGCCUCGCGCUGCCUGGCAUCCGGGGGGAGCCCGGCGGCCGUCCGCCCCAUGCUCCUGGCGCACUCGCGCGGAAUCACCUACAAGCUCUUCAUUGGAGGCUUGUCACAGUUUGCAACAGAAGACACCCUAGCAGAAGCAUUCUCUCGUUACGGCCAAGUAAUAGAAGCUACCAUCGUCACGGAUAAGAUGACCGACAAACCAAAAGGGUUCGGCUUUGUGAAAUUUGCUUCCCAGGAAGAAGCUAAUACCGCAAGGGAAGAGAUGAACGGCAAGGUAUUGAACGGCCGUGUGAUCUACGUCGACAUUGCAAAGCCCAAACUGGAACGUGAUGCAGAUGCCCGCCCAAUAGCGAGAGGCCCUCCUAAGCCAUUUGGCAACGACUGAUAAAGGAUGGCCUGGUGUGUAGACUCCAUAAUUCUCUUCUGCCCUCUCUGCUAUACUAGUUCACCAGUUCGCCACUCAGAUUCGGGAGCUCUUAGAUAAAGGUGAUGUGUGAUAAUGUGGCGAAUUUUGAGGCUUUGCAAGAACAUAAACACAGUCCGUUUAAAUAUCAUGUGUACUUGUGUUUCGGAUGCUGUGUUUUCUUGUCAUAAACACGUGUUGCUAACUUGCUAUAACGCUAGGCACACGAAACAUCUGGAUGAUGUUACGGGUUGCAGAUGGUAGUAGCACGUGCUCUUGAAUCUGUUCAAGAACAUGAUGUUUAGAGCAUCUCCAAUCUUCCAACAAAUGUUUUCCAAUAAUUAGUUAAUGGGAAUAUCCUAAUAUC